CUGUGACAGAAGGAACGACUGUCACAUUUGAGUGUGACAUCUCAAACAGUACCUAUGUACAAAGUAUUGUUUGGACUCACGGUGGCAUUGAGAUGAACAAAGGCAAUUCUGUGCUGACAUUACACAAAGUCAAACGAUGUCAAGAGGGAGCAUGGACAUGUGGUGUAAAAACACAAACUGACCAAGCCUCUGCUUCUAAGUAUUUGACAGUCUCAUCACAGAAUGUUUGUGAAGUAAAGGAACCUGCUCCCAGAAAGUAUUUUGUUUCUGUGGGCCAGACGGCCAUUUUGCCAUGCGUUGAAUCUGAUCCAGAGUUUAAAUGGAAAGAUGACCCUUCCUCUGACCGGGCUGUGAUCUGGAAAUGGGUGAGGCAGGGUAGUGUCAGCGCAACGAUUGUCCAGUAUCCUAAGCAAACUGGUCAAUGGACUAGAUAUGUAUGGAAAAAUACCGCUAGAAUAACAGCAUUGAAGUCUGCUUUUGAUCAAGACAACUUCUCUAUUCAAAUCUCACAAGUGCAAUACAGUGAUGCUGGGCUCUACAUUUGCCACUUUGCUGGCUACUUUAGAACAAGCAGCUUAACACGAGAACUGAUCACAAUGCAAGUUUCAGCCGACCCAUCUCGCUCUGUGACAGAAGGAGAGACUGUCACAUUGACCUGUUUUAUCUCAAACAGUGGAUAUAGAACAGGUCUGCUUUGGUAUCAUGGUGACACUUACAUUUUACAAGGCAACGAGCUGACACUGAACAAAGUAAAACGAUCUCAACAGGGAGAAUGGAAAUGUGUUCUAUAUGACCAGCACAACAGUCGCUUUGCCUCGUACAAAUUGCAGUUCAUAUCAACUGGAAGUGAUGUUGGGAAGGCACCCGCAGUGAAAAAAUAUUUCAUACACGAGGGUGGGAAGGUCUCUUUGUCAUGUGAUGAAUCUGAUUCUGGAUUUAAGUGGAAAGAUCAUUCACAGCUGGCACGCGCUGUCACUUGGAAAUGGAGAUCGCAUGAUGGCACAACACAGGGUUCUGAUCAGAUAAUACAAUAUACGCCACGAUCACCUGACUUUGUUAACGAUCAGUUUCCUUUAACAUUGUCGCAAGUUACGUUUUCACGUGGUGGGGUUUACACAUGUGAGUUUACUGGCUACUAUAGGACAGGCACCCUCACAAUGGAACUGGUCACAAUCAAAGUUUUGUCCAACACAUCCGACACCGUAGCAGAAGGAAAGAGCAUCAGUCUGACCUGCCAGCUCUCUAACGACUCCUAUGUACACAUGGUCAGAUGGAUUCACAAUGGGAUUGAGAUCAGCCAUCAAAGCAGCCUCGUGUUGGUGAAAGUGAAGGCUGCUCAGAGUGGGUUGUGGAAGUGUUCCCUGGAAAGGGAGAGUGGAGAGAUCUCAGAGGUAGCGUACAAUUUGGACGUGCGAAAAAUUGGUUCAGAGCAAAACGCACCUAGGAAUUACGCGGCUCAAAUUGGUGAAGGAAUCACGUUGCCCUGCACCGAGUCUGACCCUGGGUUUGAGUGGAGGAGCUCCUCCACUGAGUCUCGUUCGGUCACCUGGUACUGGAGGCCACGUGGUGACAGCACAGUCCGUACGAUACUCGCGGCUCACCCAGCCGGACCUCACGCUGCAUUCAGUUCCCACCUCAACUCCGACGUAAACAUCUCGUCCUCCGCUUUUGACGACGACGACUUCUCUCUGACCAUCUCAGUGGUGAAUGAAAGUUCUGCAGGUGUCUACACCUGUCAGCUGACAGGAUAUUAUCGGUCAGGGAGUCUGAUGUCGGAACUGUUUACAACACAAGUGCCAAAGGCAUCUUCGUACGUGUCGAUUGCUGUUGGAGUGGUGCUGGCUGUGCUGCUGUUUGCGGGAGCUGCUGUUGCUGCUGUGUUGGGCUACAGAAGAAGGAAACUCACUGCAGAUCCACAACAUGGCCAAGGAAACUCCGUUAAUCUUCAAGAUAUGGCUGCAGGGGACAGAACCACGGAUGAAAACAGACAGGCCAUUGAGGAGGAAGCGCUCGUAUACAGCCAGAUCGAGGUUUCACCGGCAAGCAGUGGGUCGCGACCUCAACAUAACCAAAAUGUCGGAGUCAUUUACGCAUCUGUAAACGCAGAGGAUCAGCACAACAAUGAGGUUGUUUACAGCGCAGUGCAAGCCCCAGCAGCUGAUAACAUGAAGCCCAAAGUCAAGCUGAAGGGAGAUGGUGGUGAUCCCAAUGCAGUCGUUAACAGACCGGAACAUGACAACAAUGAGGUUGUUUACAGCGUGGUGCAAGCUCCAGCAGCUGCCAACAUAAAGCCAAAGCUUAAACCUAAACCAAAGAGAGACGGUGGUGAUCCCAAUGCAGUCUUUAACAGACCGGAACUUGACAAGAAUGAGGCCGUUUACAGCAUGGUGCAAGCUCCAGUGGCUGGAAACAUGAAUCCGAAUGCAGUCGUUAACAGACCGAAGCCAGAAGAAAACCAAGUUGUGUACAGCCUUCUUUCAACUCCCAACACAAGCAAGCCAGCACUAAAGCCCAAACCAAACAAGGAAGUUGAGGCCCUCUAUAACGUGGUUGCAAAAAAAAAAUAGACAUGUUUUCAAAAACUCAGCAAAAACUGUGUAAUUUUGAGAAACUGCUUAUUUGUCCUCAAUGGCAUUGUACCGUUAUUUGUUUUUUUAAAUCUUAACCCAAACCAUUUGUUACAUUUACGAAGCGUAUUUUCAUAAUGAUUUACUUGUAUGUUAAUUGGUUUAUAUUUGUUUCUUUUGUAGAAUAACAUUGCUUGAAUUUCUAAUUUUAAGUUUUAAUUUAGAACUGUACUGUAGUUUAUCUAUGCAUUGUGGUCAGCCCACACAUUGUUUCCCAAGUUCUGUUUUUCACGGUUUAAAUGUAUUAUGUAAAUAUCGGCUUCCUUUAAAAAAAAUAUUUUUUGCAAAUACUGUGUGUGUGGGGCUGUCCUAUACCAGUUUAAAGUUUUAUUCAAAUACUUUAAAAUUUGCAGCUCUGAACAUGGUAGUGAAAUUACGACAGCAUUUAUCCAGUACUUUCUAAUGUCACUGCAGUGAUGUCACUAGAGUGCUCGUUAAUGUAUCUGCUCUUUUUUAUCUUCAACAAAGCCUUAAACUUGUAUCAGACGGCCCAGGUCAAAGAGUCUUGAGAAUGAUUAAAACAUAAUAUCUGUUUUUGUUUUAUAAGAAGUAUAACUGAAAAAAUAAUGCUCAUAAAAAAUGUCGCUUCACUCUUAACUCUGAAUCCAAAAUAUUUAACCUAACAUGGUUAUCCAUGAGUAUUUUAAACUUUAAUGAAAGUGCCUUUUUUUGCAAGUAAAAAAGCUUUUAAAGAUAUAUUUUUGAACAGUUGUGUUUUUUAAGAUUGUGUUUUCAAUGGUGGUUUUCAUUAUUUAACUUGCACCUCCACCCAUAAGGCAUUAAGUCAAAAGUUUAACAUUGCCUGGUGUUGAAUAAUAGCAGGUGUACUUCAGGGUAAAUCUACCAAAUUCUUCGGAUACUCUUAUCAGUGAUCUGGCAGCCCCCACCUCCAUAUUUCUGCAACUUACAGGCCCUGCCUACUCCACUGACCAACCACACUCCCCACGUACUCGGGUAGCAAGGGAAUUUAAACAGGGAUAAAAAGCUAAAAUGUCCCAAAGACUUUAGGCUGUUGAGGUAGCCGUUCUCAAACCGUGACUCUUCCCGCAAAUCCGUGACUUUUUUAAAACGUUAUAUUAACUUGAAAUGUCAAAAACAUAUUUAAUAAUUCAAUCCUUAUUUGAUAAAAUACUGUAAAUAAAAUCCUCAGUUUAUUUUUCCAUCUCUGCGUCCUUGAAACCCCUUGUAAAGGAUGUUGCAGUUUUGUAAGAAAUUCAAAAAGCCCAAUGAUAUUUGACAAUUAACAACAUUGGCAAAAAAAAUCGAUUUGCCUCUUUGUUGAUGCGGUUUAGUGUGCGUGCUAAAAGA